GCUAUCGGUUCGGUUCCGAGCCUAUGUGAAUGGCCCCUCAGCCAGUUUUCCCGCUCAUGACUUGACUAGUUUACUUCGUCGAGUGGAGAAAGGAAAUUUCAUGUCUUCUUCACUUGCGCCUCUACUCUCUCUAGUCUCAACUCUCAACUAUCCACUUCAGUCGCCCAAGCCUUGACCACCCUCUCUCUCUCUCUCUCUCUCUCUCUCUCUCUCGCUACGAGAUGGCCAGGACUUGGCUUAUUGAUAGUAGAGGAAUUGCAAGGAAAGUUAAAAAUGCUACUCAGAUCUCUGCAUAUCAAAUAAAAAACAAUGGGGCAAAUCGAGAAUGCCCAAAUUGCCAUCAUAAUAUCGAUAACAGUGAUGUUUCCAUUGACUGGCCAGGCCUGCCUGCAGGUGUAAAGUUUGAUCCAUCUGGUGUAGAGCUUUUAGAACAUUUAGCAGCGAAGGUUGGGCUUGGGAAUUCGAAACCACAUUUGUUUAUUGACGAGUUUAUUCCCACACUUGAGGGUGAUGAGGGAAUUUGCUAUAAACAUCCUGAAGAUCUUCCUGGUGCCAAGAAAGACGGAAGCAGUGUCCAUUUCUUCCACAGAACAGCUAAUGCAUAUGCAACUGGUCAUCGCAAGCGCCGCAAAAUUCACAAUCAAUGUCAUAUGACAAAGGAGCAUGUCCGCUGGCAUAAGACUGGUAAAACAAAGCCUGUAAUAGAUAAUGGAGUUCAUAAGGGAUGGAAGAAGUUUAUGGUUCUCUAUAAAAGUUCCAAGAAGGGAUCCAAGACAGAUAAGUUCAACUGGGUGAUGCAUCAAUACCAUCUAGGGAUGAAAGAAAAUGAAAAUGAAGGUGACUAUGUGGUUUCCAAAAUUUUCUACCAACAGCAGCAGAAGCAACACGAUAAGAGUGAUUUCAAUCUGGAUACUGAAGAAGCUGAUAGAACAGCAGUCCAAGCCAGUCCAUGGACACCCAAGACGGAUACUCCUAAUCUGCAUCGACCAGGGAAGCGCCCUUUAUUUGAUGUGGACGAUGAAGAGAAUGAAUCUGAGUUCAUCCAAGAGGCAACUCAAACCCCCCUGCCUGCUAUUCGUCUUGGUGAUGAAAGGGUGGAUCCUUCAUGGUGGGCUGGCGAAUCUCAGGCAGUUGAGGACCCUGAUCUGAAUGGUGUGGGCGACUCGCUGUUAUGCAAUGAAAUUCUUGACUCUUACGCUCCUAUUGAUAAUCCAGGAUUAAGAAAUAACUCUUAUCUCCUGGACUUCAAUAGUAGCCAGACGAAUGCAGUUGAAGGAGAUGUUGGUGCAGCCAAUGGAAUCCCUGAUCUUGAUGGCAUAGAACUUGAUACACCACCAGACUUUCAGUUUUUGGAUUUGCAGGUUGGCUCUCAGGAAAGUAUUAUGGGUUGGCUAGACCGGCUUUAAAGAGAUGAAGUGAGGCGAGGUACCCUAAUUUUGUUUCAGUCAGCAGAGUGAUGGAAUUUCACCUCUGCAGAUCAAGUCUACAGUCUUGACCAUACUGAGAGUGGGUCAACUGUGUUUUGGAAGACCUAGGACAGUCUCCACUGGGUCUUUUUUAUCUGAAAAUCUUUUAAAGUAGCUGGUGCCAUUGAAGUUCCAGGACUAGCUUCAAAAUGCAGCCCCAGUUUUAGAUAUUACAUGGAAGAUUUGGCACGACCAUAGUUAUAUGCUGGACUGGAAAAUGAUCCCAUGGCUUAGUUCUCAACUUUCUGUCCUUCCAGUGCAGGUUUAAUAUCUGGCUUUUCCCAAGUCUCAGCUGUCAUGCCCUUCCUGUGAAGCUGCAAUACAAUCAUAUUAACCAGGCUGAUUGCAGCCUUUGGUGUUAUGAUGCUUUUAAGUACACCUGCUGAGCAGCAACCGAAAAAUGUAAUAGCUACCAAACAAGUAUGUGGUUUCAUGUAGAACAUAUUGCUUUCAUUUGAAUAUUUUUAUAAAGAUUGCACUCAAGCAAAAA